AUGGCCUACUUCGAUGAGAAAGCGAAGGAAGAUCCAGAUUUCUUCUACAGGGUAAGAUUGGACGAUGAGGACCGUGUGAGGAACAUGUAUUGGGUGGAUGGUGCUGCAAGAAGAGCCUACAAACAUUUCCGAGAUUGCAUUUCAUUCGACGCGACAUAUCUCACUAAUAUGUACAAGAUGCCAUGCGCUCCAUUCAUAGGAAUAAAUAACCACAACCAGUCAUUGCAGUUCAGAUGCGGGCUCAUUCGGAAUGAAGAGACGGAUGGGUACGUUUGGGUGUUCAAGACCUUCUUGGAGUGCAUGGGUGGACUUGCUCCGAUGAACAUAAUAACAGACCAGGAUUUUAGCAUGCGUGCGGGCAUAGAGGAGGUCUUUCCGUUGGCAGUGCACAUGCACUGCAGGUGGCACAUUAUAAAGAAGGCUGAGGAGACACUAGGACCGUUCUUUGCUGACCGUCCAGACCUGCACAAGGCAUUCGAGCUGUGCGUGGACCACAGCUUGACGGUGGAGGAGUUUGAAAGGAGCUGCAUGGCUAUGAUUGAAACAUAUCAAGUCCAAGACCACGAGACGCUUGCUAGCUUGUGGGAGAAGCGAAUGUACUGGGUGCCGGCCUACUUCAUGCAGUGCUUCUUCCCGUUUCUGCAGACUACACAGCGCAGUGAGGGGUUCAAUGCUGUUUUGAAGCGGUACGUGAGCCCUGGCAACUCAUUACUACAAUUUGCCAAGCAGUACACCGCUUUGCAACAAAAAAUACUGGGAUCCGAGCUACAGCAAGAAGCAAACACCGCGCUCAAGCAGCCAAAAUUGCUAACGUAUUUACCAAUGGAGAGGCAGAUGAGCAAGAUAUACACCAACACGAUUUUUAACAAAUUCCAGGAAGAAAUAAAGCGUGCCAGCAUGUACACGGCUUUCCAGCUGGACGAACAUACGUUCAAGGUGUGUUCUAGCAUGGGUAUGUCGGAUUCAGAACCUGAAGACCCAGACAAGGGAAAGAACUACUUUGUGAAGCAUCGAUAA